AUGGCAGGCAGCAGUCCCCCGAAGAGCAGCAGCCCAAAGAGCCGAUCUCCCGCAUCGCCGAGGUCGCCUCAAUCGCCAGAGGCUGCCCAAUCACCUGAGCAGGCCCAAGUGGGCGUGAUCGAGGCAGAUGAGGAUGCUGGCGAGGAGGAUCCAACCCUGGGAUCCGAUGCUGAUAGUUCUACCGCUUCCCUUUCGUCGAGUAUUCUUGAUUACCGCACCAUCAACGGCAGGACAUACCACAGCGAGAGGGGAAACGCCGCAUACUGGGGCGCCAACGAUGAACGCCAAAGCGAAGCUAUGGAUAUUGGCCACCACAUGUGGACCCUGUCCCAGGAUGGAGCACUUCACUUGGCUCCUUUGAAGGAUGAUAUCCAAAAAGCUCUUGAUAUUGGAACAGGAACUGGUAUAUGGGCUAUCGACUUUGCCGAUGAGUACCCCCAGUGCGAAGUCAUCGGUACCGAUAUCUCCCCUAUCCAGCCAGGCUGGGUCCCGCCCAACUGCAAAUUCGAGAUCGAAGAUUGCAACCAAGAGUGGACAUUCGACUCGGAUUCUUUUGACUACGUCCACUUCCGCUACCUGAUCGGAUGCAUCCCUGACUGGCCAGCACUGUUCAAGCAGGCAUAUCGGGUCCUCAAGCCAGGCGGUUGGAUCGAGAGUUUCGAAGUCUCGCCAACUGUCACAAGUGACGACAACACGGUUGCGCCGGAUUCUGCCCUGGCUCAGUGGGAUAAAAUGUUUAUCGAGGCUUCAAAGAAGAUUGGAAACAGCUUCACCGUGGUUGCUGAUCAAAUCCAAAAGCCGGCUAUGGAAGAGGCCGGAUUUGUCAACAUCAAGGAGUGGAAUGGCAAAUGUCCCCUGAGUCCUUGGCCCAAGGACCCCAAGCUGAAAGAGAUAGGCCGCUUCGGCCAAGUCUUUGGCACCCAAGACCCUGAAGGCUUCGUAAACUUUGUUGCCACCUUUUUGGGCUGGUCGUCGGAUGAGGUGCAUGUCUACCUCGCUCGUUUCAGAAGCGAGCUGCGAAACCUAAAGCAUCACCCGUACGUCUUUCUCAAGACGGUUUGGGCGCAGAAGCCACUGGACGCUGAGCCUCAUACGACCGAGCAGGCCUAG